AAAUAAUUGUAAUGUUUACAAAUUUACAAAUCACAAGCUACAUAAAAAAUAAAAACCCUACAUUUGAGUUACCGGUUUUCAAGUACUUGCAAGUAAUACAAAUUCAUAGUCUUGUGUUAAAUUAUAUUGUAUACAGUUAAAUUGUUUCUUAAUGUUAUACAUGUAAUCAUCCGUUUGUAAAUUGCAUGUCAAGUGAGUAAUUUUUGUACCGUAAAAUGCAUACGUUAGCUUAUAAACACAGCAAUGCUCACGACGAUAGUAUUUGGUCAUGCGAUUGGGGUGAAUUGCGAACAACAAAAACUAUAGAUCGAGACGAUUUUGAUAAAGGUGAUGAGUCUGACGAAGAAGUACAAGAACUUUCAUCUGAUUGUAUAGUUACUGGUUCCAUUGAUGAAACUGUGAAAAUAUGGAAUUAUGAUAAAGCGACCAAUCUCAAUCUUGACAAAACUCUUAGCGAACACACACUAGGUGUGAUAUCUGUUGCACUGAAUUCAGAUGCAUCAAUAAUUGCAUCCAGUGCAUUAGAUUCCACGUUAAUGUUGUGGAACACUACAACAGGAGAGAAAAUAAAAACAUUCUCAAUUGGACCUGUUGAAUUAUGGACUAUUGCAUUUUCACCAGAUGACAACUACAUUAUUUCUGGUAGUCAUUCUGGUAAAAUUAAUUUGUUUGGCGUUGAAACAGGAAAACAAGAACAAACAUUUGACACUAGAGGAAAAUUUACAUUGAGCAUAGCUUAUAGUCCAGAUGGUAAAUACAUAGCUUGUGGUGCUCUAGAUGGUAUCAUCAAUGUCUUUGAUGUUUUGUCCGGCAAACUUACUCACACACUUGAAGGACAUGCUAUGCCAAUUCGAUCAUUGUGCUUUUCAUCAGAUUCAAAAUACUUAUUAACUGGAGCAGAUGAUGGUCAGAUGAAAAUCUAUGCAGUUCAUCAUGCUGAAGUAUUGGGAACUGUAUCUGGUCAUGGUUCAUGGGUAUUGAGUGUGGACUUUUCACCAGACUGUAAAAGCUUUGUUUCGGGCAGUGCUGAUAAUACGGUUAAAGUCUGGGAUGUAGCUAACCGUAGUUGUUUAAAUACAUUAAAAGAACAUAAAGACAAAGUAUGGUGUGUGAAAUAUAACUCAACUGGAGAUAAAAUGGUAUCAGUAUCUGAUGAUGCAUCAAUUAAUAUAUAUUCAUCUCUUUAAUAAUCUACUAACUUCCAAUGUAUAUAAUACCAACUAAUCGUUUUUUUAUUGAUGUAUAUAAUAUAAUAUUAUAAACAAUACAUACCUGUUUCAAUUUUUGUCGGUGUAAAAAAUGUAUUUUAAUUUAGAUCAAUAUGAAUUAGAGUUUACACAAUUACAUUAUA